AUGGCGCGGCCAGAGACGACUCGUAGCAACGGUAACGGCGCCGGGCGACCAGCCAGCGUCGCCAACAGCUUCAGCACGAACGCGCCCAGCACCAACGGGGCCAACACGCCCACCGAGCGCACGCGCCUGCUCGCCGGCGCUGGACCGAACGGUGUCACGGUUGAGCGCGAGGACACGAUCAGCUAUGCGACCCACGUUCCCGAAGUGCCGACGCAGAAGGCGCACUACAAUCUUGUCGGACUGUCGCAGUACAACUUCUGGGUGCUCUGCUGCAGCAUGUGGAGCUGCUCCUUCCUGGCCAGCUUUGACGGCACGAUUGUCGCGACGCUGCUCGGCCCAAUCUCGUCCUCGUUCAACGCCUCAGACCUCGGCUCGUGGCUUGGCACAUCCUACCUCCUGUCCGUGUGCUGCUUCACACCUAUCUACGGACGCCUCUGCGACAUUAUUGGCCGCCAGAGCAGCAUGCUCAUUGCCCUCAGCUUCUUUACUCUCGGAAAUGUUCUUUGCGCGGUUGCUCCCACCAUGGAGCUCCUGAUUGCCGCUCGUAUGGUCGCGGGAAUCGGCGGAGGUGGUCUCACGUCGGUUGGAAGCACGAUUAUGAGCGACCUGGUCCCCAUUACGCACCGCGGCAUCUUCCAAGGAUGGGGUAACAUUUUCUUCGCUUUAGGCAGUGGUCUCGGCGCUCCCAUCGGCGGUAUGAUCUCGGACAAGGUCGGAUGGCGCUGGGCAUUCUACUUCCAGAUCCCGCUGCUGAUCAUGGCCGGCGCUCUCAUCUGGUUCAAGGUGCGAUACAACAGCGAGUUCAAGCCGUCCGGCAACAUCCUUAAGCGUAUCGACUUCCUCGGCUCCGGCCUGCUCGCGGCAUCGAUCGGCAGUGCCCUCCUCGCGAUCUCCAUGAUGACCUCGAUCUCGCCUCCCGAGUCGCGUAUCACCAACGGCCUUUUCGUCAUCAGCGCUAUCUCCUUUCUGCUCUUCAUCUAUGUCGAGCUGAAGGUUGCCAACGAGCCCAUCCUCCCCGUCGAGCUGCUCACGCAGCGCACCCCGAUCGCCGUCGCUGUCAACAACUUUACCAUUUCGGUCCUCUCGUUCGGCACCAUGUACAGCGUCCCGCUGUUCUUCCAGGCCGUGCGCCUCAUGACGGCGACUGAGGCCGGACAGCACAUGGUGCCCAACAGUGUCCUUGGAUCCGUCGGCUCUCUCUUCACAGGCUACAUCGUCCGCAAGACUGGCCGCUACUGGUGGUUGACAGCGUUCUGCGGCUUCUGGGCGGUCGUCUCGGCUCUCCUGCUGAGCACGUGGGACCUGAAUACGAGCGACUUCCUGCUCUGGACGUCCUUCUGUCCCAUGGCCUUUGCGAUGGGCAGUGUCACGACGCUGACGAUCGUGGGCUUGAUCGCGGACAUCGGUCGCGAGCACGUCGCGGUCGCGACCUCGCUGUCGUACAUGUUCCGGACGAUCGGCCAGGUGCUCGGUGUCGCGCUGUCGGGCGCGCUAACGCAGGCUGUGCUGAAGCGCGAGCUGCACAAGCGCAUCACGGGCCCCGGGUCGGAGGAGCUCAUCCUCCGUAUCCGCCAGAGCAGCGAGGAGAUUCGCAAGCUCUCGCCCAAGCUCCAGCUCGCCGCCACGACGUCGUACGGCAAGGCGCUCCACGCCGUGUUCGUGUGCAGCGUCGUGCUGGCCGUCAUCGGCGUGCUCAGCGGCAUGGGCAUGCGCGAGGUCGACAUGAACAAGAAGCCCGCGCCUCUUACCACCGAGCCGGAGAGCAUCGAGGAGGGUGGUCAGAGGUCGUACGCCGCCGUCGCGAACACGCCCCGCGAUGCCCGCAACGGCUCCGCACAGGCCUAA